AUGGCUCGGCUAUUCUCCAUGAAAGACCUAGGUCCUUUAAGUUAUUUUUUGGGUAUGGAAGUUCAUCGUUCUGCGAAUGGUAUGCAUAUGGCUCAAGCUAAAUAUGUCAUGGACUUACUUACACGCACCAACAUGUUGGAUUGCAAACCUGUCUCCACUCAUGCCAUUAAUGGUCAUCGUCUCAGCUUGUAUGAUGGUGAACCAUUUUCCGAUGUGACUGAAUUUCGUAGUGUGGUUGGUGUUCUUCAGUAUCUCACCUUUACCCGACCAGAUAUCGCCUUUGCCGUCAAUCAGGUAUGUCAGUACAUGCAUCGUCCUACUACUACCCAUUGGAUCGCGGUUAAACAUAUCUUACGAUAUCUGAAAACUACUCCUGACCAUGGUUUAGUGUACAAGCCAAGUUCUUUUAAUCUUGUGGCUUAUGCUGAUGCUGACUAUGCUGGUGAUCCUGAUGACCGUAAGUCUACUGGGGGUUACUGUAUUUUUUUGGGCAACAAUCUUAUUUCAUGGAGUUCAAAUAAGCAACGCGGGGUUUCUCGUUCGAGCACUGAAUCUGACUAUAGGCAACUUGCUUAUACUGCCGCCACCAUUUCCUGGUUUCGCAAGUUGUUUAAUGAUCUUCGUGUUCCAUUAUCACCUCCUAAAAUUUGGUGUGACAAUAUUUCAGCGAUCUCUUUGGCAUUUAAUCAUGUUUUCCAUACUCGCCCUCGUCAUGUGGAGGUGGGCUAUCACUACAUCCGUGAAAAGGAUGAAUAUACAGAAGGAACGUUCACCAAGCAAAAUCAUACUCAACCUUUAGUUUUCUAUCUCACACAAGUGGUCUUCCAAUUUCGCCAUUUGCAAAGCAAGCUCCAUAUAAGGCCAGACUAUGUGCAAGAUUUAGAAGGUGUCCACUGUGCAUCGGAACCCAGCAUUGAUGUCCAUGGAGCAACAGAUGUUUUUACAGUCGUUGGGUCUGGUUGA